CCCUCCAGUGCUGUGAGGGACUCAUCCAGCUCCCGCUCACCCUCACCUAAGCAGAAGAAGAAGAAGAAGAAGAAGGAUCGGGGCAGGUCUGCCAGUCGCUCUGGGGAGAGGAAGAAGAGCUCCAAGAAGAAGAAGCACAGGUCUGAAUCGGAGGCCAAGAAGCGGAAGCACCGCUCUCCCAGCCCCAAAAGCAAGCACAAGGCCAAAGAGAAGAAGCGGAAGAGAUCCACCAGCGAAUCGGCCUCUCAGAAGAGCCGCCGCGAGGGCCCCUCUUCCUCCCCUGCUGCCUCCUCCUCCUCCUCCGCCUCCUCCCGCAGCCGGUCCCGCAGCGUCACCGCCGCCACCCACCAAGACACCGAAGAGCCGGGGCCGGUCCCAGCCCCGGCACCGGCACCACCGGGCCCGGCCCCUGCACCGGAGGAGCUGCCAGCGCCGUCGCUCGCCCCCGAUGUCCCCACCGAGGAGCCCCAGGCACCGGCGCCGGUUGUGAGCCCCCCCCCGGCGGCACCGGCAGCGACCCCCCCGUCACCAACACCAGCACCAGCACCAACCGCAGCCCCCGCAGCCACAACCGAACCGACACCAACGGCACCCACACCAACCGCAACCGCCCCCCCCCAGCCGCCCCCCGCCGCCUCCCCAACCCCGUCCCCUCCCCCAGUUAUCCCCCAGCGCCGCGCCCCCCCGUCCCCCUCCCCCUCUCCAUCCCCCCCCCCCCGCCGCGCCAAGAGCCCCCCCUCGGCCGUGACGUCAUCGCGCCGUGACCGCUCCCUGACCCCCCCCGCGCCGCCCCCCCCUUCCUCCUCCUCCUCCUCCAAGCGCUCCCGCGCCCGCCGUUCCCGCUCCCGCUCCCGACGCCGCUCCCGCACCCCCCCCUCGCGCUCCUCCCGACGCCGAUCCCGCUCCCGACGCCGCUCCCGCACCCCCCCUUCCUCCCGCUCUUCCCGCCGCCGCCGCUCCCGCUCCUCGCGCCGCCGCCGCUCCCGCUCCCGCACCCCGCUCUGGCGCCCCAACUCCACCAGCCCCAUCCGCUGGCCCCUGCCGCGCUCCCGAUCCCGCUCCCCGGCCCCGCGACGCCGCUCCCGCUCCCCCCGCGCCUGGUCCCGCUCCCGAUGGGCCCGCUCCCGCUCCCGACGCCGCUCCCGCUCCGGCACGCGCCGACGCUCCCGCUCCCGACGCCGCUCCACCUCCCGCAGCCGCUCCGGUUCCUCCCCCCUGCCCCGGCGACGCCGCCGCCGCCGCUCCCGCUCCGAUUCCUCCGGCAGGUCCCGGCGCGGGCGCUCCCCGUCCACCCCGCCCCGCGGCAUCAAGCGGGCCCGCGCCGCCUCCCGCUCCCCAUCCCGGCAGCGCCGCCGCCGCAGCUCCACGCGCUCCCCCCCGCCUCCGGCACCCACUUCCCAGCCCCAGGCCACCACCGCCGUGUCCCCCCCCAAACCCAAGCCCCCCUCCCCGGCGCCCCCCCCCGCGCGCCCCAAGUGGGUGCCCAUCGCCGAGCUGCACCCGGCAGCACCGCAGCCCCCUCCCGGCUUAGCCAAGGCAGCCACCGCUCCCCCCUCAGCCCCACAAGCAGGGGAGGCCAAAGCGGCUGCACCCAAGUGGGUGCCCAUCGGGGGGGGCCCUGCGCAGCCGGCACCCCCCGGCACCGAGGGAGGGGGCAGUGAGGUGCAGGGCGAAGGGAAGCCGCAGCCGGAGGCAAAAGCAGGCACCGGCGACACCAAACCGGCUCCAGUGGCAGCGGCGCAGCCCAGCCCCAAGGCGACCCCUGCAGCGGCGGCACCAGUGACCCCCCCCAAGGCUGCAGAGACCAAAGCCACCCCCGAGGCCAAAGCAGCCACGCCGGUGACCCCGGUCUCCCCAGCUCUACCCAAGGCCAUGCCCGUAGUGGCACCAGUGAGCACCCCGAAGCCCGAAGCGAAGCCCGUAGCACCCAAAGCAGCGCCGAGCCCCACGGCACCGGCCACCACCCGGGCACCGCCACCGCCGCCGCCACCACCGAGCACCCUCAAGCCAACGGCCACCCCCAAGCUGUCCCCUGGUACCCCCAACAAGCUGGGGACACCCCCGCCGCCCCCGCCGGGCUUACCCAGGGCCCUGACGGCCAAGCUGCUGCCGGCGGCGCGCCUGGGGCUGCCCUCGUCACCAGUGGCGGCAUCGGCGCUGCCACCCCCCCACGGGCACCGGCUCCUGGCCGGGCACAAGGUGAUGGCGAUGGCUCCCGCCGGUGGCACCAUGGGCAUCAAUGGUGGGGGCGCUGUCGCGGCAGCUGCUAAAGCCACUGUGGACACUGGCACCGGCACCAAGGCCACCGCUACGGACGCCGGGGCCGCCAAGGGCACCGUGGACAGCAGCACCGGCGUCGCCACCCCUAAGGCUGCUGUGGACACCGUGAGCGGUGGCAGCGCCAUUGGAGCCGCCCCCAAGGCCACAGUGGACAGCGGCACCGGCGUCACCGUCACCAAGGCCACUUCCAGUGCCGCCAUGGCCACCAACAGUGUCACAGCCGCCAGCUCCAGCGCCACCACCAAGGCCGCUGCUGACGCCAUCACCAGCGUCACCACCAUGGAUGUCGCCAGUGUCACCACCACCAAGGCCACCGCUGUGGCUACUGCUAUGGCUGCCAGCGCCAGUGCCACCACCGUGGCUGCCAUAACCAGCGUCACCACCAUGGGCACCACCGCUGCGGCCACCUCCAAGGCCACCAUGGACGCUGUCACCGGGGUCACCACCGCCGCGGCUGCCAGCGCCAGUGCAACCACCAAGGCCACCAUGGAUACAGGCAUCGGUGUUACCGUGGCCACCGCCGUGGGCCCUGCAACCACCAAGGCCCCUGGUGGCCCCAUGGGUGCCAGCGCCACCGCGGUCGCUGGUGCCACCACCGCGGCCAGCAAAGGCUCUGUCACCAUCACCACUGUGGAUGGGGGCAUCAGGUGUGCGGCUGUCAGCCCCAGUGCCACCAGUGCCGCCUGCGGUACCGUCACCACCAUGGCCAGCAGCGUCACCAGUGCAAGCAGUGUCUUCAGUGGUCCCAGUGUCACCAGUGUGCUGAGCCGUCUCUCUGCAACCAGCACCACCAGUACGACCAGUGUGCUCACCAGUCCCGGUGUCACCAGUACGACCAGCGCAACCAGCGUCACCAUUGCUCCUAAGGAUACCAGUGUCACCAGUGUCUUGAGUCGUCCCAGUGCGACCAGUAUGACCACUGUGAUCACCAGUCCUGGUGUCACCACUAUGACCAGUGUCACCAGUGCAACCAGUGCUCCCAGUGUCUUCAGUGCGACCAGCAUCACCAGUGUCCUGAGCCGUCCCAGCGUGACCAGUGUGCCUGCCAGUCCCAGUGUCACCAGUGUCCUCGGUGCGACCAGUGCUCCCAGUGUCACCAGUGUCCUGAGCCGUCUCAGUGCGACAAGUGUCACCAGCGUGACCGCUAUGACCAGUGCAACCAGUGUCACCGUUGCUCCUAAGGAUAUCAGUGCCACCAGUGCGCCCACGGGUCCCAGCGUCACCAGUGUCCUGAGCCGUCCCAGCACAACCAGUGUGACCAGUGUGCCCACAGCUCCCAGUGUCACCAUUACUCCUAAGGAUGCCAGCGUCACCAGUGUCACCAGUGUCCUGAGCCAUCCCAGUGUGACCAGUCUGACCAGUGUGCCCUCUAGUCCCAGUGUCCUGAGCCGUCCCAGUGUCACCAGUGCUCCCAGCGUCACCAGUGUCCUCAGUGCAGCCAACGCUCCCAGUGUCACCAGUGUCCUGAGCCGUCACACUGCCUCCAGUGUCACCAGUGCAACCAGUAUCCUCAGUUGUCCCAGUGUCACCAGUGUGCUGAGCCGCCUCACCGCAACCAGCGUCGCCAGUGUGACCAGUGUUCUUACUGGUCCCAGUGUCACCAGUGUCCUGAGCCGUCUCACCGCAACCAGUGUCACCAGUGCGACCAGUAUGACCAGUGUCCUUGGGGGUCCCAGUGUCACCAGUGUCCUGAGCCGUCCCAGUGUCACCAGUGCGACUGGUAUGACCAGCGUGGCCACCAGUCCCAGUGUCACCAGUGUCCUGAGCCAUCUGAGUGCGACCAGUCUGACCAGUGCAACCAGUGUCGCCGCUGUGCUGAGCCGUCCCGGUGUCACCGGUAUGACCAGUGCCACCACUGGCGUCAGCGUGACCAGUGCCACCAGUGGCCUCAGUGCUCCCAGCGUGACCAGUUCUGGUGCCACCAUCACCACCAAUGUAACCAGUCCUGGGCGUGUUCCCAUCUCUCCCAGUGCGACCAGUAUGAGCAGUCCUCCCAGUGCUGGUGCCACCGUCGCCACCAGUGUGACCAGUCCUGGACAUGUCCCCACUGCUCCCAGUGCGACCAGUGUCUCCAGCGCUCCCAGUAGCACCAGUGCCGCAUGCGUCCCCAUUGCCACCAGAGCUCCGAGGGACACCAGUGCAACCAGUGUCACGAGUGCCGCCAUCGUGUCCAUGGACACCAGGACCACCAGUGCUCCCAGUGGCACCAGUGUGAGCAGUAUCACCAUUGCUCCUAAGGAUGCCGGUGCUCCCAGUAGCACCAGUGCUCCCAGUGUCACCGUCGUUCCUAAGGAUGUCGGUGCUCCCAGUGUCACCAGUGCUCCUAAGGAUACCAGUGCUCCCGGUGUCAGCAGUGCUCCUAAGGAUACCAGUGGCACCGGCCUGACCAGUGCUCCCAGUAUCACCGUUGCUCCUAAGGAUACCAGUGCUCCCAGUAUCGCCAGUGCUCCCAGUGUAACCGUUGUUCCUAAGGAUGCCGGUGCUCCCAGUGGCACCAUUGCUCCCAGUAUCACUGUUUCUCCUAAGGAUACUGGUGCUCCCAGUGGCACCAUUGCUCCCAGUAUCACUGUUGCUCCUAAGGAUACCAUUGCUCCCAGUAUCACCGUUGCUCCUAAGGAUACCGGUGCUCCCAGUGGCACCAUUGCUCCCAGUAUCACUAUUGCUCCUAAGGAUACAGGAUACCAGUGCUCCCAGUAUCACUGUUGCUCCUAA